AGCGGUGCGAGUGUGCAGCGCGCACCCCGGGCGAGGCUGACAGAUCGCCCGGGUGGGUGCAAGAUGGCGCAAGCGGCGCUCCCCCUGCGCCCCCCGCGCUCCUGAGCAGGCAUGCGGCUCCAGUCCCCCACCGCCCGGGCUCGGCCCCGGCCGGAGCCCCAGCCCCGGCCCCGGCGCCGGCCCCGCGGGACGCUGUGAGCCGCGAGAGGCCCGGGAGCCGCGCGUCGCCGAGCCGAGCGGACCGAGAGCCCCAUGGCUGUGCAGCGCGCCGCGUCUCCGCGCCGCCCGCCCGCCCCGCGCUGGCCCCGGCUCCUGCUGCCGCUGCUGUUGCUGCUGCUGCCCGCGCCGAGCGAGGGUCUUGGCCACUCUGCCGAACUGGCAUUUGCUGUGGAGCCAAGUGAUGAUGUUGCCGUCCCCGGGCAGCCUAUAGUGCUGGACUGCAAAGUGGAGGGGACCCCUCCAGUGCGAAUCACCUGGAGGAAGAAUGGGGUAGAGCUGCCAGAGAGUACCCACUCCACCUUGCUGGCCAAUGGGUCCUUGAUGAUCCAUCACUUCAGGCUGGAGCGGGGAGGCAGCCCUUCAGAUGAAGGUGACUAUGAGUGUGUGGCCCAGAACCGCUUUGGGCUGGUGGUCAGCCGGAAGGCUCGCAUUCAGGCUGCAACCAUGUCGGACUUCCACGUGCAUCCGCAGGCCACCGUGGGCGAGGAGGGUGGUGUGGCCCGCUUCCAGUGCCAAAUCCAUGGGCUUCCCGAACCUCUGAUCACGUGGGAGAAGAACAGAGUCCCAAUUGACACGGACAAUGAGAGGUACACACUGCUGCCCAAGGGGGUCCUGCAGAUCACAGGACUUCGAGCUGAGGACAGUGGCAUUUUCCACUGCGUGGCCUCAAACAUCGCCAGUAUCCGGAUCAGCCACGGGGCCAGGCUCACCGUGUCAGGCUCGGGCUCUGGGGCCUACAAGGAGCCGGCCAUCCUCGUGGGGCCUGAGAACCUCACCCUGACGGUGCACCAGACCGCGGUGCUUGAGUGUGUCGCCACGGGCAACCCGCGCCCCAUUGUGUCCUGGAGCCGCCUGGAUGGUCGCCCUAUUGGGGUGGAGGGCAUCCAGGUGCUGGGCACGGGAAACCUCAUCAUCUCAGACGUGACGGUCCAGCACUCCGGCGUCUACGUCUGUGCGGCCAACAGACCUGGCACCCGGGUGAGGAGAACAGCACAGGGCCGGCUGGUGGUGCAAGCCCCAGCUGAGUUUGUGCAGCAUCCCCAGUCCAUCUCCAGGCCAGCUGGGACCACAGCCAUGUUCACCUGCCAAGCCCAGGGUGAGCCGCCGCCUCACGUCACAUGGCUGAAGAACGGACAGGUGCUGGGGCCGGGAGGCCACGUCAGGCUCAAGAACAACAACAGCACACUGACCAUUUCUGGAAUCGGUCCUGAAGACGAGGCCAUCUACCAGUGUGUGGCUGAGAAUAGUGCGGGCUCAUCACAGGCCAGUGCCAGGCUGACCGUACUGUGGGCUGAGGGGCUCCCUGGGCCUCCCCGCAAUGUGCGGGCGGUUUCUGUGUCUUCCACUGAGGUGCGUGUGUCCUGGAGUGAGCCGCUGGCCAACACCAAGGAGAUCAUCGGCUACGUCCUGCACAUCAGGAAGGCUGCUGACCCACCGGAGCUGGAGUAUCAGGAAGCAGUCAGCAAGAGCACCUUUCAGCACCUGGUCAGCGACCUGGAGCCCUCCACGGCCUACAGUUUCUACAUCAAGGCCUACACACCAAGGGGGGCCAGCUCAGCCUCUGUGCCCACCCUAGCCAGCACCCUGGGUGAAGCCCCUGCCCCACCCCCACUGUCAGUGCGGGUCCUGGGCAGCUCCUCCCUGCAGCUGCUGUGGGAGCCUUGGCCCCGGCUGGCCCAGCACGAGGGCGGCUUCAAGCUGUUUUACCGCCCAGCAAGCAAGACCUCCUUCACCGGCCCCAUCCUGCUGCCUGGAACUGUCUCCUCCUACAACCUCAGCCAGCUCGACCCCACUGCAGUGUACGAGGUGAAGCUGCUCGCCUACAACCAGCAUGGAGACGGCAACGCCACAGUCCGCUUUGUGUCUUUGAGGGGAGCAUCUGAGAGGACAGCCUUGAGCCCACCAUGUGACUGCCGGAAGGAGGAGGCCGCCAACCAGACGUCCACCACAGGCAUCGUCAUCGGCAUCCACAUCGGGGUCACCUGCAUCAUCUUCUGUGUCCUCUUCCUCCUGUUCGGCCAAAGGGGCAGGGUCCUCUUGUGUAAGGAUGUGGAAAACCAGCUGUCCCCUCCUCAGGGUCCCCGGAACCAAAGGGACCCUGGCAUUCUGGCCCUAAAUGGGGCGAGACGGGGAGAGCGGGGCCAGCUGGGCCGAGAUGAGAAACAUGUGGAUAUGAAGGAGCUGGAGCAGCUGUUCCCCCCGGCCGGGGCAGCAGGGCAGCCAGACCCCAGACCCACACAGGAUCCUGCAGCCCCUGCCCCGUGUGAGGAGACCCAGCUCUCCACGCUGCCACUUCGGGGGUGCGGCCUGAUGGAGGGGAAGACAGCGGAGGCCACGGCCCCCUGCGCAGGCCUGGCGGCUGCCCCACCACCCCCAAAUAGAGGCCCCGGCCUCCUCAGUGAAGGCCAGACUGCCAGGCCUGCAGAGGCCCGGGUUACCCAGCCAGCUCACUCUGAACAGUAGCCAGUGUCUGGCAGGCUCCAGAGGGUGGCCGGAGAGGGGGCCCAUUCUCAGGUCAAAAGCAAGAUUUCUACUGUCGUGUGGGAUUUGGAUGGUCCUGGGGGCUCCCCAGCAUUUCUGUCCUGACUGCCUCUUGGGUUGUCAAAACCCAAGGCAGCCUUGGCAGGGACCCCCCCUCGCAACACCCGUCAGGAGCUGGAGCAGUUCCUGCAGGAGCCCGUUCCCUCCCUGGGCUGACGCCCCCUCGCCUCUGCCUGGCACCCACAUGACUUGGAACUGAACUAACAUCUUCCUUUAAAAAGCAAAACUUAAAAUCAAAAAAAAACAAAAGGGAGAGAGAUACAGGAAGGUGAAUUCGACUCCAAAAGAUGACCCUGCUGUAGCUGGGCCCUGACACUGUCACCCUCCACCGACCUUGUUUUCUCAGGAUGGAUUUUUGCUGUUUUGGCUCUCAGCACCUACCUCAGCCGGAAUGAAUGUCCUGGGGGCAGUGGGGCGGUGGCCUCAGCCCCCUUUCCCCACAGAGCCCGAAUGCACUCCUACCUCAAGCCCCCUUGAUGGGGACCCCCUCUCCCUUCCCACACUGUUGUCCAGAGUAAAAAAAAAAAAAAAAAAA